GAAACCGGGCGUUUGAAAAUCAGCCGCGGAGUUUGGAUUAAAUUUAGUAAAAAUAGACAGUUUUUAAUAUUUAUCUCCUGUUUUUGUGCGCGGACUAGUUACAGAGCUCUUCCAGCGGAGGUUAGAGGUGAACUUUGCGAGGCAGAGUGGAGUUAUGGACUGUUUUAGUCUCGUUUUUGGGGUUUGAAUCUCUGAAACAUGUCAACAAAGAAACUGGCCAGAGAGCUUGGUCUGAUUAGAAAACGCAGCCAGUCCUCCAGCGGUCAGAAGAAGCAAACCGGUCCGAGACAGCUGUUCUCCUAUCUGAUCGUUAUUGAUUUUGAGUCGACCUGUUGGAGGGAGAAAAACAACUACGGACAAGAAAUCAUUGAGUUUCCGGCUGUGUUGUUGAACACGUCUACUGGAGAGAUCGAGUCUGAGUUCCACUCAUACGUUCAGCCUCAGGAACAUCCAGUUCUGUCUGAAUUCUGCACAGAACUCACCGGAAUCACACAGAAACAGGUGGAAGCGGGGCUUCCUCUGCGGAUCUGCUUGUCCAGGUUUGCCCGCUGGCUCCACACUCUGCAGCAGGAGAAAGGUGUGGUGUGUGUAACUGACAGCAAGAACACACCGGCCUCCGGACACCUGUGCACCUUCCUCACCUGGUCAGAUUGGGAUUUAGGAGUGUGCUUACUUUAUGAAUGUAAACGGAAACAGAUCACUAAGCCUGAAGUCCUGAACAGCUGGAUAGACCUUAGAGCCACUUACAGGGCGUUUUACAGCCGCAAACCUAAAGGUCUGAACGGAGCUCUGCAGGACCUGGGAAUACAGUUCAGCGGCAGAGAACACUCAGGUCUGGAUGAUGCUCGGAAUACGGCUCGUCUGGCCUGGCGGAUGAUGACGGACGGCUGCGUACUGAAAGUGACCAAAUCUCUGAGCAGGGCUCCGCUGAAGUCCAGGCCGCUGUUUGUCCACAGCGAGGCUCAGAGUAACUCACCCUCACCUGUAGAAGAGAACCAGCCGUCAUCAGACUCUGGAAACCAUUGCAACAGGAGCUCAGCUGGGAACCCAAACCCGCCCACCAGUGUUGGCGUCCAGAGUCUGGUGUCCAUGCGCACCGUCCUCUCCUCCCUCACCACUCCAGUGUGUGUCAACACACCCCAGCUGCACACCACACUGCAAAACACCACACACAGCUCAACCUCACAUCUGACCUUUGACCCUAAGACUGCUGAUUCUGAUUGGUCAGAGGGUGACAUAGUAACAGAGGCUGGAGAGUCUGGUUCCUAUGACGACGUGCUGUUGGAGGACGACGAGUGGGUUGGUGUUGAUAAAAACAACAAAACAGCUAACGUUCCAUUCAGCACAACACGACCACACCCAUUUAAACCACACCCACCUGAACGACACCACUCUAAGCCCCGCCCCUACACAUCUGCCUCUACCUCUGCUACUCUUCUUCCACUCACAGAUCCAUACAGAUCGCUCACUCGGCCGGGACGACACUCCACGACUACAACUCCCAGCAUGCCUUUCAGCAUCUACACAGACCAAUCAGAUCACACUUCUGCUUCAUCAGGGGGAGGCUCUUUCAAAAUUCCUCACCCAGUUCUUUUACAUGUAAACCAAUCAGCUCGGCCUUCCUGCUCCACCAACCAAUCAAAAGGAUCCUCUAGCUCAGUCAGUCAAUCAGCUCUCUCCUACAUCUCCGCCAACCAAUCACACUCUACCUGUUCAGUCAACCAAUCAGCUCUCACAUCCUCCUCCAACAACCAGUCAAAACGAUCAUCUGGCUCAGUCAACCAAUCGGUUCUCCCCUCAAUCUCCAUCAACCAAUCAGCAAUCUCCACCUGCUCCACCAGCCGGUCAAAGCUGUCCUCCCUCUCCUUCAACCAAUCAGCUCUCUCCUCUAUGUCCGUUAACCAAUCAGGUGUCUCCUCUUCCCCCUCUAGGCGUCUGUCUGACAGUGUAAACAGUGUAAACAGUACAGUAUCUAAGGUCACUAAGGUGACCUCUCCUCUGUGUGCUUGUGGGCGGAGAGCCAAGCGCCUCACGGUGUGUAACGGCGGCCCGAACCACGGACGGGCCUUCUUCACCUGCACGGUCAGGAGGAGUGGCAGCACAGGCCCCGCCCACAAAGGCGGGUGUGGCUUCUUUAAGUGGGAGUCGGCCGUGAUCAAAUCCUCUAUGAAACAGAACAACAGCAUCCGCUUCAGCGUCAAAACACCGGCUUCCAGAAACAUCCGCUGAAGUGCUACGACUCCCAGAUACCGUAAUCAAUUAAAAUAAAAUCAAUGAGCUUUUAUUAGGAUGAUCACCAGCGCAGAACUGGAGUAACAGCCUUUAUUCAUACACACUCUGAAACGAUCUGACCUGUCGCUUCUGAUGAUUUCUAUUGUGAUAUUAAAUUAGCAGGACUGUAAGGCGGCUGUGUGAAUGUGGGAUA